AUGGCAUCGGUGCAGCCUCGGGUGGCGGUGGUCUGUUCCAGCAACCAGAACCGCAGCAUGGAGGCCCACUACCUCCUCAGCCAAAAGGGGUUCGCGGUCCGGUCCUUCGGAACGGGGUCCCACGUGAAGCUCCCGGGACCGGCGCCGGACAAGCCCAACGUGUACGAUUACAGCACCACCUACGACGCCAUCUACCGGGACCUCCGCCGGAAAGACCCGGAGCUGUACGCCCGGAACGGGGUGCUGCGCAUGCUGCAGAGGAACAGCGCCGUCAAGCUGCGGCCCGAGCAGUUCGCCAGCUGCCAGGAGCCCUUCGACCUGAUCCUCACCUGCGAGGAGCGGGUGUACGACCAGGUGGUGCGGGAGCUGACCGCGCGGGAGCAGGAGACCCUGCAGCUGGUGCACGUGGUAAACGUGGACAUCCAGGACAACUACCGCGAGGCCCACCUGGGCGCCGUCCUCCUCUGCGAGCUGUGCCAGUGCGUCCGCCUCCUGGACAACGUGGACAGCGACCUCGCCGAGCUGCUCCUGGAGUUCGAGGAGCACAGCGGCCAGCCCUUCCUGCACACCGUCUGCUUCUACUGA